UGUUUGCGCUUUAAAUGGAAAUCCGCACUUCUUUUUUCGCACAUCCUUCACUUGUUUUGUCCCGCAGCUGAAGCCGCAAUAAAUCACCGCGGAGCUGCCUGUCUCUGUGGGCGUAGCUUCUCCUCUUUCUGCUGUUUAUUAAACCGCAAACACAAGAGAAGGGGGUCUCAGUCUCAGUCUCGGUCUCGGUCUCACACUCUCGGCCGGAGAAACUGGACAUUGACCCGCCUCCGGACCUGGAUUUACCCGGAAGAAACACUCGGAGCAAGCUAACCUAAACUCUCCCGUCUGACCUGUGUGACAUCAUCACCAUGAGUCUGAGCGCCAACGACCUCACCGAGCUGAUGGAGCUGUGGGAGGAGCUAAACCUGACCGCGGCCGACCACGGCAACCUGUCGCGCGUGGAGACGCUGCUGUGCUCCGGCGGCGCGGUCAGCCACGGCGCCUUCCUGCACGUCCUCUCCGUCCUCUACGUCUUCGUCUUCCUCGUCGGUCUCGCCGCCAACGCCCUGGUGGUGUGGGUCAACCUGCGGCGCGACGGCCCUCGCUACGAGACGCACCUGUACGUCCUGAACCUGGCCGCGGCCGACCUGUGCGUGGUCGCCACGCUGCCCGUGUGGGUGACCUCGCUGCUGCAAGGCGGGCGCUGGCCGUUCGGCGACGUGGCGUGCAAACUCACGCACCUCGUCUUCAGCGUCAACCUCUUCGGCAGCAUCUUCUUCCUCGCCUGCAUGAGCGUGGAUCGCUACGUGUCCGUCACGCUGCUCGGCGACUCGCCAGACAACCGCCGGAGGAAAGCGACGCGACGGCUGAUGUGCGUGUUGGUUUGGCUGCUGGCGCUCGCCGCGUCCGUCCCCGACACGUACUUCCUGCAGGCGGUGAAGUCGUCGCAUCACGACGGCGCCGUGUGCCGCCCGGUGUACCCGCACGACAACCCUCGGGAGUGGAUGGUGGGCGUGCAGCUCAGCUUCACCGUGCUGGGGUUCGCCGUACCGUUCCCCGUCAUCGCCGUCUCCUACGCGCUGCUCGCCGCCGCGAUACCCUCCGGCUCGGACCAGGAGCGCCGCGUCAGCCGGCGCAUCAUCCUGACCUACAUCGUGGUGUUCGUGGCGUGCUGGCUGCCGUUCCACGCCGUGCUGCUGCUGGACACGCUGUCCCUGCUCGGCGCCCUCCCCUUCAGCUGCCGGCUGGAGAGCUUCCUGGACGUGGCGCUGCACCUGACGCAGUGCUUCUCGCUGCUGCACUGCUGCAUCAACCCGGUGCUGUACAGCUUCCUGAACCGCAGCUACCGCUACGACCUCAUGAAGGCCUUCAUCUUCAAGUACUCCACCAAGACCGGGCUCGCCAGGCUGCUGCCCGCCGAGCACGCCUCCGAGACGGAGUACUCGGCCGUGGCGACGGACGCCAGCGUGCCCGCGUGAACGCUUCGACGGAGCUGAAGGAACGCCGAGAAGAGGCGAGAAGGGGCGGAGCCAGACCGGGAGGAGAGACAUGCACUAUUGGUCAAGAUGGUUCAAGUCUUGACAGACACACAGACAUAAACACAGAGACAGAGACACACACACACACACACAAACACACACACACACACACACACACACACAGACAGACAGACACACACA